AUGGUUGAAUCAUCAGCUUAGAAAGAAGAUCUGUAGAAUUUCUCUGCCGAGAGAUGGAUUUUGCAAACAAAGAAUAUCGCAUAGACUGUUGAUGCCAUUGAUGUAGAUUCUUGGGUUGCCUUCCUCUAUGAGACUACUAACCUAUUCAAAAAGAUGGGGUCUGCUAUGUCUAUGGCAUUUUCUGAUAUCACAACAAAGGCAGAGGUCAUAUAGAAUAACAGAGAUGCUCUAAGGAAAGAAAGAGGAGCAGAUAGUUCCAUUUCUCUAUAGGAUUUGAUUGAAGACGAUAUCACUAAGGGCCUUGCGAAACUUAAUGGAGAGAAUAACUCUAAGCUUUGCAAAGAGAUGUAUAAGGGAGAUAAGAAAUUAGCUAAGGAUGACUAUAGACAUUAAUUCACCUCCACAGCCAGAACAGUUUUGAGAAAUUUGUGGCUUCUCGAUUUCUUGCAUCACUUCAUGACUAUGCUACAUACUAAUAGAGAUGCAAAGUUAUCAGCAUGUGCCAAGCAUGCUUAUAGUGAAGGUCUUGGACCUCAUCAUCCUUGGGUAGUCAGACAAGCAGCCAAAGUAGCGAUGUUGGCUUGCCCUUCUAGAGAGAAUUUUUUGAAUGACACCAAGGCCACCUAUGAGUAGAUAGAUGAGUUCAAACAAACUUUAGAAUAAUUCCGAGGAUAAUUAUGGGAGUAUUAUAAGCAAAAGGCCAUUAUCGAUUUACCUUGA